ACGUCGCGCGUGAUUUCCAGUGACUCAACUGUAUUGUGCUACGGUAACAACAUUUCAAAGCUCAGUACUAUCCUCCAAAGUGAGUCCACAGAGAUUCAAAGUUGAGAGGGAAAGAGGAGACAGCUGAAGGUGAACACUGAGGGACACCAGCUGCCCUGUGUUGUUCUUCUACGACCCCUGGGCCACUUCCUGUUCACCUGAAUAACCAUGCUAAGCAAUAUGUGGUCACGAAUGAGUGAUUUGCUUGAAGGUACGUUGUAAUAAACGCUUUUGCGGAGGAAACACAGGAGGGUUUUUUUGCCGGUCCUCCUCGGGGCGGAGCCACACAACAGCUGCCAGGCUCACUGACGCCGCCGUCCAGUCAACGCCUUCUUCCUCCUGACCACAUGAGAACACGAACAGGGCGUAAACAACUACAAUGUCUCCGAUAAAGGAGUUAAAGGUCGUCUAUGAAGCCCUCAACGAAGAGGGCACGUUUUCCGCUGGAGACACCGUCGCAGGCACAGUCACUUUCACUUUGACCAAAGACACCAAAGUGAAGGCUGCCUGUGUGAAACUGAAAGGAGAUGCCAAUGUCCGCUGGACAGAAGGGAGUGGAGAGGAUGAGAAAACGUACAGUGCACACAAGAGGUACUUUAAAGUCAAAAAGGACUUGGUGGAUGAAAAAGGCACUGUACUUCCCAAAGGACUCCAUCACUUCAAAUUCAGGCUUAAUAUCCCAUACGGGAUCAUGCCGCCAUCUUUUGAAGGGAAGCAUGGAAAGAUUGUCUACAAGCUUGAAGCAAAGAUAUCCAGGAGCUGGCGGUGGCCCUCUGAAAUGCAUCAAGAGCUCAAUUUUGUGUCAAAACCUUUAUCAAACCGCGGUCAAGAUGUGUGUCCCCAGUCUGGUUCAGUGGAUAAAGAGGUUGGAGUUUUCACCAAAGGACUGAUCAAGAUGACUGCUACAGUUAACGGAAAGGUUUUCUGCCCAGGUGACACUUUAAUUGUUGGUGCCACUAUCUGCAACUCCUCCUCCAAAAAAAUGAGGCCUAAAUUCAGAUUAUGUCAGAAAACAGUGUACCGUGCCCAGGGUUCCACUAACACCAGUGAUAACAUUCUGUGCAUAAUGGAGGGGGAAACCCUCGCACCAAACUCAGAGGAAACUGUCUCCUGUCACAUGACGAUUCCUAAUAAUGUCACCCACUCGAUCCAUAACUGUGCGAUCAUCUCAGUUGAACAUUACAUAAAGGUCUAUUUGGACAUCAGUUUUGCCUUUGACCCAGAGGUGAAGCUGCCACUGGUCAUUGUUCCUUCUCUCUCUGCUACCCUUCCGCCUGGUGAGGAUUUUGGGCCUUACCCAGCAGGGGCUGUUGGAGGGCCAAGCAAAAGCGAUUUCCCUCCCCCUGCAGUGGCGAUGGGUCCCUAUCCAGCUGGGGCUGUAGGGGCUCCAAGCUACAGCGACUUCCCUCCACCUGCAGUGGCGAUGGGUCCCUAUCCAGCUGGGGCUGUAGGGGCUCCAAGCUACAGCGACUUCCCUCCACCUGCAGUGGCGAUGGGUCCCAAUUCAGCUGGGGCGGUAGGAGCUCCAAGUUAUAACGACUUCCCUCCACCUGCCUUCCUUACUGGAUCUUAUGGUGCACCCACAGCUCCAGGUGCUUAUGGAUACCCAGCACCAGGUCCCACUCAACCUGGCAACACAGCUGGUGGCUACAACAAUCAGUGGCCCCAGCAGGCCCCACCAUACAGUUUUCUCCCCCCAGCUUUCCCACCACCUUCAAUGGAGCAUCAAGGCCCUACUGCUCCACCUCAGUUUCAACAGGGAGAAGACCUUCCAACAUACACGUCCCUUUACCCCCCUGUCCCUGACACUUUGGCUGGCAAUGGGUCUGAUCAGAAAAACUGAGCUUUCAAGAGAGCACCAGUAAUCUUGAAAUAUG